AUCAAAUAGCUUUUGUCAAAAGGAAAAGGUAGUUUUUUUUAAUUCAGAAAAACUUGUGCCAGGUGAAGAUAAAAACAGAAUUUUCCUGAAAAUGGCUGCAGCACUUUUGCACUCAAUCCGUCGUCAUAUCGCAACUUCUGCUGUUAGACAACAAGGAACAGCAGCUACUCCUGGAGAACAUGGUGGCUACUUGCUAUGGAAGAGAUUGACUUUCUUUGUCGCAAUGCCAGCUGUUGGCUUAUGUAUGUUGAAUGCCUAUCUUAAGCAUCAGGAACACGCUCACCACCCACGUCCACCAUUCGUUAAGUACGAAUACUUGGCUAUCCGUAACAAGAGGUUCCCAUGGGGUGAUGGUAAUAAGAGUCUUUUCCACAACCCCAAGGUCAACGCCUUGCCCGAUGGCUAUGAGGAUUAGGGACUUGUCGCAUUAAAAAUUCGAUUAGGAUAACGUCAAGAAAACAACACAUUCGCACUACAGUAAUGUAAUAAUAUUACUUAAAAGAAAGAAAGAAAAGUAAAAAUAUGUGUCAUCAGUAAAUAA